UACAGAGCUUGAAGCCCGUUAGGAAGCCCAGGCCGAGAAAGGGAGUUCGAGUGUCGUUCACGGUCAAAACUCAAAAGGCUACGCGGGUUAUCCACACCUUCAACCACCAUCAACUGGAUUCCGUCGUACUCAGAAUCGAUUCAGAUAAGGAGACAUGGCAUCGAUAGUUUUUAAUACGCCCUGUGAUUUCGCGGCAAUCAACUCUUUAGAUUGCAAGAGGUUCUAUGGCCUCAGACCUGUUGGACCUUUACCGACUGUAGUCGAUGUAAAAUUAAGUGGCAUUUUGGGGAUUCAAGCAAUGGCGGCGCGUGGUCGUCAAUCACGGCGAAUUUUUGCGGUGAGAGCUAGCGAUUCGCGCGAUGCAGUGACGAAGAAGAUAGGAUUGAGUGAUGCCGAAUGUGAGGCUGCCGUUGUGGCUGGUAACGUGCCUGAAGCACCGCCUGUGCCGCCGAAGCCAGCUGCCCCAGCUGGAACACCUGAGGUCCCUUCACUUCCACUAAGUCGGCGCCCCCGACGUAAUCGCAAGUCACCUGCAAUGAGAGCAUCAUUCCAGGAAACUAAUUUAUCACCUGCAAAUUUUGUCUAUCCACUUUUCAUUCAUGAAGGUCAAGAAGAUACACCUAUUGGAGCUAUGCCUGGAUGUUAUCGGCUGGGGUGGAGGCAUGGGCUUGUUGAAGAGGUUGCAAAGGCUAGGGAUGUUGGUGUCAACAGUGUGGUACUCUUCCCAAAAGUUCCAGAUGCUUUGAAGUCUCCCACAGGAGAUGAAGCGUAUAAUGACAAUGGAUUAGUCCCUCGAGCGAUACAGCUGCUCAAGGACAAAUAUCCUGAUCUUGUUAUCUACACCGACGUUGCUUUGGAUCCAUAUUCCUCUGAUGGGCAUGAUGGUAUUGUGAGAGAAGAUGGAGUCAUAAUGAAUGAUGAGACAGUUCAUCAAUUAUGUAAACAAGCUGUUUCUCAGGCACGAGCUGGUGCAGAUGUUGUUAGUCCUAGUGACAUGAUGGAUGGUCGAGUAGGAGCAAUUCGGGCUGCUCUUGAUGCUGCAGGUUUUCAGCAUGUUUCCAUCAUGUCCUAUACGGCCAAGUAUGCAAGUGCAUUUUAUGGUCCAUUUCGAGAAGCAUUGGACUCAAACCCACGCUUUGGAGACAAAAAAACUUAUCAGAUGAACCCCGCAAACUACAGAGAAGCACUGGUUGAGGCCCAUGAAGAUGAAUCUGAAGGAGCUGAUAUCAUUUUGGUCAAACCUGGUCUUCCUUAUUUGGAUAUCAUAAGGCUUCUCAGGGAUAAAUCUCCUUUGCCAAUUGCUGCAUAUCAGGUUUCAGGCGAAUACUCCAUGAUCAAGGCAGGUGGGGCGCUCAAAAUGAUUGAUGAAGAAAGAGUGAUGAUGGAAUCACUGAUGUGUCUCCGGAGGGCUGGUGCUGACAUCAUCCUCACAUACUUUGCCCUGCAGGCUGGUAGAUGUUUAUGUGGUGAGAAGAGGUGAGACAUGUUUGACCAUUCGGCAAUUUGUUAAUUAUGGGCAACCUGGGUGAUUUCUUACCUUUUUUUAAUCCUUUUCUUUUUGCCUAUGUAUGUGACAUGAGAAAAUUGUAGAAUAAAGCUGGAAUUGACCAUUGAUAUGGUCGUUGUGUUGAUUUGUGGUCCUCCCUUUGUAAACUUUUUCUGCUCAAUUCAUGUAACAUUAGAAUUUGGCUCGAAAAGUUUUGAGGACUGUUACAUGAAUCCAAAUCAAAAUUUCAUAGUA